AUGCCAGCGUCUAAAUAUGCCCGGCUCAAUCCUUUCGGGGGCUCUCAGUUGACAUCCGGCCCCAUCGUUGAAGAACCUCUGCAGUUUUCCAACGUUAUUCCUGAUCCGCCAUACACUCCCGUGGCUUUUCAUCAAAUUAGUGAUGAUAGUUUGGACAGUCUUGCGAAACAGCAACGUACCAAGCCCAACGGGCGCUCAGACCCUAAUGCUGGCACCGAAAACCUUGAUUACACUGGAUUUGAUGGAAACAUCUCUUCUCGACCUCCAAAACGCCGGCGAACAAGCAGCUCACUCUAUAAAGUUGCGUCUUCGGUGUGGGCUUCUACCAGAGACUUCGCUGUCUCACACUUCAAAGUGCCCUCGGUCGCGGCACCUUGGGAACAUGAGCUCUCGGAAAAACAAGGCGCAGCCGCACCUCCAUCCUCUAGCGCCCGCUAUUUUGACUAUCGCCGGCAACGUCGACGUCUUUUUGUCAACAGCAGUUUUCAGUUCCUCGUUACAGCUAUCAUCUGUGCAGGUUUGGCUGGUUGCCUAUAUGGCUUUUCGACGAUGGUAACCGGGUUAAGCCCCAACAUUAAGCAUCUCUUCAACGCCUUGAUCACGGGCCUGUCGCUUUGUCUCGGUCUAAACCUUGCGUCAUCAUUGAAAGGCUAUGCGCAGCUCAUGCGAUGGAGAUUCCUUGCGUCCGGGUAUCGAACGUUACAAGAUUUCGAGCUUGUCAUGAAUUGUGACAGCCAAUCCAACGUGUUCCGGCUGAUUUGGGCUGGCCGGACACGUGGAAGGUGGUAUCCGAACAAGACACAAAUUCUUGCUUUCACCUGGUUGCUCAUCAGUGUCGCCCUUCAAAUCUUUACGGCUUUACUUGGUCUGACAUAUUCAAUCGACGUGUCUUCGGAAUUUGUUCGCCUUGCGUAUGGAAACGUCAGCGUCAGUGACGUCCGGUAUAUUGGCAAUGAGGAAACAUAUGGCAUGUAUAGCGACGAUCCAUCAGGCGCCGACUCCAUCCACGCUCAGCAGGCCGUUGCCAACCAAUGGGGAAUUACAGGGCAAGAUUACAAUGUGUACACUACUACAUUCGAUGAAUACUUCGCCAACCAGCAAUCGGUGUACACCAAUGAAGAAGAGUCCCUUUACUGGUAUCGCUUCAUUGAUCGGUCUCCCGUAAAUUAUGCUCAGAGCACUGCCUCCUACCGCACCGUCAACGCCACCGCAAAAUGCCAAUCUUUCGAAGUUACCUACGGAGGACAGGGUGGAUUCCAGACCAAUGACACCGACCUGAUGUGGAUUGUGACAUGGAUCGAUGCCGACGGAAACGAAAAUAACUGGUACGUCGACGACGUUGCUACAGGCGCGACAACCUGGAUGGCCAACAUGACCUCGGACUGCGGUGACCGCUGUGUCCAGCUCUACGCUUUGCAGUCCGCUGACAAUAUAACCGACGACGUCCCCAUCCCUCGUUUUUGGGAAUGUCAAUCCAACGUCUCCCACGUCGACGGCUUAGACUACUACUACAAUCCUGACCAAUACGAAAUCCCGGACCUUCAAGCAUUCAUCCUCGCCGGCUCAAUCGGCUGGUCCGGCGUGACUACCGAAGGAGGUGACACGGUCGACUCGGCCCUCCAGAUGGUCCGAUACCCGGUCGACUCCCAGUGGAGUCCACCAGGGAGCAUCACUGAAGACGGCAUGGCGCAACUAGUGAUGAAGUUCACCGCGGGUGCCAUUUCUGCGCUGGACGAGAACGGACCCCGGCUCGAUGUGAUGGGUUACGCGCCCGUUCCUGCCCAGAUCAUCAAAGUGAAGUGGCCGUACGCAGCUGCGAUCCUGGGCGGGAUCCCCACGGCUCAGGCCCUGGUAUUGCUCUGUGUCAUUGCAUUCGCUAACAAAGCCGUGAUCAAAGAUACCAGCCACUUGUCGACGGCGCGACUGCUUCGACCCAUCGUCGAGAAACUAGGCGACUCCGGCUGCCUGCUCACGGGCGACGAGAUCGCCGAGCAACUUGGCAAUUAUCGCGUCAUUUACGGCGUCAGGGAUCCUGGUGUGGGUAAUAUUCCUGCUGUGGGCGCCGGUGAUGAUGGAAGAAUUCGCCAUCUUGAUAUCCUUGAGGAGGCGGAGGGUUUGGGUUAUCGAAGAGGUAGGAUGCCCGUGGGGAGGUAUGAUGGGUUAUGUCCAGAGGCUGCUAAAGAGGAAGAGAAGAUUGGCCUAUUGUCGGCGGAGGAUUUUUCUGAGGAAGAUGACCGAGCUGAUAGGAGUAGGGCGGCAAACCGGAGCAGGAAGAGGAAGGAGCGGAGGAUGAGUAUUUGA